GCAGCCUGCAAGCCUUUUUUUGUCAGCUGGUCGCUGCGACUCCCAGCUACGUCAACUAUCUAACAAGACAACAACAAGUUAACUUGGGCCACUAAAUACCAGCAGCGAGCUCUGAAAAUGAGUGACCCGAGGACUCGGACUGGACGGCACCAAGUUGACAAACUUUAACCGACAGUCCGGCUGAACCGCGUCUUCCUGCACCGCCUCAUGAAAGACAGAGUUUUAUUGUCCUAGCUUGUUGGCUAACGUUAGCUAUUUGUCUGGUGAGUUCACCGACAUGGCUACAAGAGAGAUUUCUUUACGGCAGAGGUACCGUGGCACCCCGGCGAGCAUAAAGCAGGAGCAGGACGACGACUCGGACGCGGAGGAGACCCAGCUGGGGCUGAAGAGGUCUGACGGGCUGGAGUCACAGAUCAUCCACAGCGGACACUUCAUGGUGUCCUCGCCCCACAGCGAGCACCCCCCGAAGAAGGGCUACGACUUCGACACUGUCAACAAACAGACCUGUCAGACCUAUCAUUUUGGCAAGGCGAGCACGUCGCACCUCUCCAUAGACGCUUCACUCACCAAACUCUUUGAGUGCAUGACCCUGGCGUACAGUGGUAAGUUGGUAUCUCCCAAAUGGAAAAACUUCAAGGGUCUAAAGCUGCUUUGGAGAGACAAGAUUCGCCUCAACAACGCCAUAUGGCGAGCCUGGUAUAUGCAGUACGUGGAGAAAAGGGAGAACCCUGUUUGUCACUUUGCAACACCCCUGGAUGGAAGCAUGGACUCCGACGUCCAUCGUCCUACAGAGGGCAUUGCCACAGAAGGGAAAUGCUGGAAAAGAAGAAUUGAAAUCGUUAUAAGAGAAUACCACAAGUGGAGAACAUACUUUAAAAAAAGGUUGCAGAAGCACAAGGAUGAUGACCUCUCAAGCUUGCUCAAGGGGCCAGAGGAGCAGUUGUUGCUGUUCGGGGAAGUCUCUCCAGACAUGCUCCGUGUCUCCUUUCUUCAGGAUGAAGAGAGUACUGCACGCCGCUUGCCUCGUAAGAAUUACGAAGCACCCGCCCCCAUGGAGAUGGACCCCCUCUUUGACAUGGAUGUUCUGAUGUCAGAGUUUUCAGACACGUUGUUUUCUACGUUGGCCUCGCACCAGCCAAUAGCCUGGCCCAAUCCAAGGGAGAUCGCUCAUGCAGGGAACGCAGACAUGAUCCAACCAGGACUCAUCCCUUUACAACCCAACCUAGACUUCAUGGACUCCUUUGAUCCACUGCAAGACUUAUUUCACAGCCUCCGUCAGCCCGCCUUCCCCUCUGUUUCACCCACUGCAACAUCUGUCACCCCUCUACCCAGCAGCAGCUCUCAGUCACAGGCCCAGUUAAUGCCCUCCCUGCUUACAACCAACCACAUCUCCCCUCCUGGCCCCCUGCCCAUCCCCUCUCCCAUGGCCAGUCAAACCAGUCGAACAGCAAGUGGUGCUGCCUAUGUACCAAACUACAUGCCUCUGUUUCCUGGGCAGGUGGCGCCCAGUGAUCAAGCCGUAGUACCCUCAGUCCCUCAGCCAUUAUCCCAUGAUCCUCUGGCGCAGUGCCUUUCAGGUCGGGACAUGGCCUCAGUAGCACCCAUGGUUCCCUCACCUUUGGAUCACACCUCAGCACUGGACGAGACUGUAGCACCAUCUGUGAUUACACACACGGCCUCCUCUACUGUCACGCCGAGCGCCGCCGCCACCACCUUGAGCCACGCCUCAGAGUAUUGCUCCAUAUCAACACAACCUCCACCUCCUCCUUCCCAGCUGCAGCCCUUGGCUCCAUUACCUGCCACUCCCGUCCAGCACCCUCAGACUUUCGCCCUGCCUCGCCCCUUUCAGUCACCCAGUGCCAACAAAACCCACCCUGUGCAAAGGAUUGCUAGCACCAUCCCCUCGUCCCACCUAAUCCUCACAGCUCCUUUCCCAGGUAAUGCUGGUGCAUUGAUUGUUACACCAACGCCUCUGAAAGCAGAGCAUGUGGUCCAUAACACUGGAGUGGUCAUCGCUCCUCCUCAGCUUAGAGGGACAAAGAAGUCUCCAAAACCGAUCGUCCCCAAAGAAAAGUCUUAUUCUUCCAGCCUCAAAAAUCAGAAAGCCUCCUCGAGUGUCGUUCCCAGUCAGCCAGGAUCAGGUCAAGGAUCACCACGUGGGUUAGAUCAAGUCCCUAGUCCGCAGUCACUGAUCAGCAGCAGCAGCAGUACACCUCUGGUAAAGAAUGAACAAAAUCAGAGCCGGAGGAUAACGUACAUAUCUGCUGAGCAAAAGAGACGAUCAAACAUAAACAUUGGCUUUAAAACACUCUGCAACCUGGUUCCCACUCUGAAGUCACAGUCAAAUAUCAGUAAUGCAGUCACACUGCAGAAGACAGUGGAUCACAUCGGGAAGCUCCAACAGGAGAGGCAGCAGAUGCAGGAGGAGAUCAAGAGAUUACGAGAGGAGAUAGAGGAGCUCAACACCUCCAUUAACUCGUGUCAGGAACAGCUGCCUGCGACAGGGGUGCCUGUCAGGCGGCAGCGCUUCAACCACAUGCAAGAGAAGUUCAAUGAAUAUGUGAAGAACCGCACCCUUCAGAACUGGAAGUUCUGGAUUUUCAGCAUCAUUAUCAAGCCUCUCUUUGAGUCAUUCAACGGGAUGGUGUCCACUACAAGCAGAACGGAGCUGUGCCAGACCACAUUGCAAUGGCUCGAACGUCACUGCUCCCUUCCAGCACUCAGACCCAUGGUGCUGAGCACCCUUCGCCAGCUGAGCACAACCACGUCCAUUCUUAGCGAUCCGUCCCUGUUGCCUGAAGAAGCCAUCCAGGCCGUCACACACGCAGAAGUGUAGCCUCGUGCUCAGAGGAGGUGAGGCGACCCCAACACCACGUGAACCUUUUAACAGCAAUCAUCGAAAUGACAUAUCACUAGUUUACCUUUGAUUGCCAUUCAGCGAGGUCACCACGUCUUCCACGGAUCUACGGCUUCCCUUUAAGUUAAAUGAAAUGAUAAACGCAAGCUGGCUCACCUUUACCCCGCAUGUACAACGGUCAUACAUUUGUCCUGCUGUACAUUCUUGGGAAUGACGCACACGUGUUUGACUUUACAUUUAUAACAAUUGUGCAAAAAAUGGCUUUUAUCAUAUUAUAUUUGAAUGACAGCAACUACUACUAUCAUCACCUGCUUCAGGUGACGAGCCUUAGAUAGUUAAUUGGAAGGUGGUACUGAUUGUUUGCUUUUUGAACAACAACAUAUAUUUAAAUGACUUUUAUAAUGUAAAAACACAACAUUGUGUCAAAAAGGGAAAUACCGAGUGACUGUUCAUUUUGUGUUCUCUCUCAGUUGUACAAAUCAUUUGGAUAGGAGGCUUUUCUUAGGAGCAGAUGAGAUGAAUGUGGGAUUUUUUUAGGGACUAGCUGGCAGUGUAGUUUGUUUUUGGAGGCUCUGAAACUUCACAGAAAGGCUUCUCAUCAGAGCAUAGAGGACGGCCUGAAACAUGGCGAAGGUGAUCACUUGUGGGCAUGUCUGUGUUUAAAGGAAUACUUCACUCACAAAAUGACCAUUUCUGUGUCAGUUAAAGCCUCUGCACACUGAGUCCGUUUUCCUCUGAAGCAUUUUUUUAAUACGUCAUCUGAAAAAAAUCGUUACGCACACUGAUUCUGAUGUGUUUUAUUGUUCUAUUCAUUGUGAAAAUUUGCAAUACAUGCCUCUCUCCACUCUCUACCUAUCUGGCUGUCACCACUUCUUCUCUGUCUACAUUUGGCACCGCAGCUGCAUGAAGAGACUGAGCUGUCCUCCCUUUUUCCAUAUUCUGUGUGUGGUCCACAUCUUCCUCCUCUUCACCAUCAUCCACCUGAAUAUUACUGUCUGACCUGUUGAAUGUGAGCUAUCCGAGUCCUGAAAUGAUUCUGUGUGCGCCCUGUUCUGCUGUCUUGUCGUGGCUGUGUCCCAUUUGUCUUCACUGAUUCUUGGUCAAAUUUUAACGAUGAACGAAAGUUUCGGACUCAGUGUGCAAACGUGAUUGACUCAACGUGAAGUCGUAUUUAUUUUUAGACGUGCGACAAUUGCAGAUGAAAAAAAGCAGAUUUUUUUUCUGUCUUGCACGUCUCAACGAUAAACAGCGAACAUAUUGAUUUGUCGAUUAAUGGGGACCACGUUGAACACCUGCAAAACAAUAUCAAAACAUCUGUUCACAAACUCUCACAUAACUCGUGCAGUAUAAUCCAAGUCUCAUUUGUUCAGUAAAAUGCUCAGCACCUUCUAAACACACGCAUUUUGAUGAAACCCUUACUAUUUAAAAUUUAACUAAUAGUGAAACGUAUCUAUUCUCCUGACAAAACCAGACUCCAAUAUGAAGAAUGAAUGUUUUUAUUUUUUAGUAAAAAUUCAUGUGUUUUGGAAGGAAUGACCAUACAACUGGACAAAUGAGACUUGGAUUAUACUGCAGGAGUUGUGUGAGAGUUUGUGAACAGAUGUGCUGUCGUUAAAUGUGCUCCCCUGUCAACAUGUUCUCUGUUUUCUGAGGAGGCUCUUAACAAAUUCAAGAUAACACAGCAAAACUGAUUCAUAUCCAAAUGGUCAUUUUGUGAGUGAAGUAUUCCUUUAAAGGUCCAGGUUGUAGGAUUUAGGGGCAUAUAUUGGCGGAUAUGCAACAAAAUAUAAUAAAUAAAUAUGUUGUCUUUACUGAAAAUAAG